CUCUAUUUAGAACCUCACCCUGCUCCAUCUCCCGGCAGUCGCCGGUUCACAACUGCGACUAAAAUUAUCUUCGCGAUCCUUUCCGUCGCAAUUUGGAGGCUUCUAGGCAGCAGUGCUUCUUUGCUUCUUGUACUAGGUUAAGUUGCCUUUCAAUUCUCGGGGAAGGAUUUGCUCUGUAACUUCUAUUUUGGGACUCCGAAUAGUAUUGAAAUGGAUACUGUGCAGCCAAUGAGCGGGGAACUGAACAAUUCGUUCAAUGACCUUAUGGUUUCUGGUGGCGGGAAGAGUGGACAUGCUCAGAAUGCAGGCACUGGAAUCACCUUGACAGGUUGGAAGGAUCUUCCCAUGGAGCUGCUCCUGCGGAUUAUGUCAAUAGUUGGAGAUGACAGAAUGGUCAUCGUAGCCUCUGGUGUAUGCACAGGGUGGCGUGAUGCGUUAGGGUGGGGAGUCACAAAUCUUUCACUCUCAUGGUGCCAGGACCACAUGAAUGACUUAGUGAUAUCACUGGCUCACAAAUUUAUGAAGCUGCAAGUUAUAUCUCUUCGGCAAAUCAAACCUCAGCUUGAAGACAGUGGAGUGGAGGCUGUGGCAAGCUACUGUCAUGAUUUUCGCGAGUUGGAUCUUAGCAGAAGCUUUAGGCUUAGUGACCGAUCCUUGUAUGCUCUGGCACAUGGGUGCCCUCAUCUUACGAGACUUAACAUUAGUGGGUGUUCCAAUUUCAGUGACACUGCUUUAGUCUACCUCACCAGUCAAUGCAAGAAUCUCAAAUGCUUGAAUCUGUGUGGGUGUGUGAGGGCGGCUUCUGACAGAGCACUGCAGGCUAUCGCCUGUAACUGUGGUCAGCUGCAAUCGUUAAACCUGGGGUGGUGUGACAGUAUCACUGACAAGGGAGUGACCAGCUUGGCAUCCGGAUGCCCUGAACUUAGGGCUGUGGACUUGUGUGGUUGUGUUCUUAUAACAGAUGAGAGCGUGGUUGCUCUCGCUAACGGGUGCCCUCACCUACGUUCCCUGGGCCUGUACUACUGCCAGAACAUCACCGACCGCGCCAUGUACUCGCUGGCCGCGAACAGUCGGGGGAGGAGCAAAGGCAUGGGCAGCUGGGACACGGUGAAGAGGGGCAGAGACAGAGACAGGGACGGGCUGGCGAGCCUGAACAUCAGCCAGUGCACGGCGCUGACGCCCCCAGCGGUGCAGGCCGUGUGCGACUCGUUCCCGGCGCUGCACACGUGCCCGGAGCGGCACUCCCUCAUCAUCAGCGGGUGCCUGAGCCUCACCUCCGUCCACUGCGCCUGCGCGCUCCACCCGCACCGCGCCGGCAGAGCCAUCCUCUCCAACCACGCGUAUUGAAGGCCGGGAGGGACGUGGUCUGGUGUGGUUUGGUGGAAGAGCUUUUGAGGAAGCUGUGUACAUAUUCCGGUUGAACCCGCGGCUUGGUGGAUGGUUGCUUGUAUUCUCUGUGUGUGCGUGCGAACUAGUGGCAUGGUGGGAGACUGGGAGUCUUGGUGACAAACUUUUUUUUUUAAGAACCGGGCCCCUUUCUUGA